AUGGCUAACAUGCUGCCCGAUGACAUACUGUUGUUCCAAAUACUACCAAGGCUGCCUGCAAGGUCUAUAGGUCGUUCUAUGUGUGUUUGCAAGCAAUGGCACUCGUUCCUAACAACACCUGUGUUCACCAAGAUGCACCUCCACCAUGUAAACAAUCAAAAUCACCACAAACUUCUUGUCGUUUCUACCACAAACCCGUGCAAGUACUUCCAAACCAUUGACUGUGAAACACCUGAACUUGGUUUAUCUGCCAUCCGCUCUUUGCCAUUUGAAGCCAACAGUAAGGAGAUGUUGGUUAUAUCAUCUUUAAAUGGACUGGUAUGUGUAAGCAUAGAUUCUUUGCUGCAUGGUAGCCUUAGGUACUCGGAUAUAAUUUUAUGGAAUCCUUUGACGGGGGACUAUAAGAUGUUGUCCAAAGAUAAUUCAAAUGGCAAAAACUUCAGGAUCGCCGCAAAGGGAUAUGGGUUGUAUUACAGUAGUUGUGACGAUGACCACAGGUUGUUACGUGUAACCCAAUCUGGCGAUGCUUAUAUAUACUCGUUGAAAUCCGACUCAUGGCGGAAGGUCGAGUCAACAAUCUGUUGCCUUUUAAAAUAUUGGAACUUAAGUUGUGUGCUGAAUGAAAAACUAUACUUCUUAGCACAAGGUAGAAAUAAAAUGAAUGUAUGGUCAUAUCUGAUCAUAAGGUUCGACACCAAGACGGAAACGUUUACAGAGAUAGCGGCUCCAUGUUUGGAAUAUAUAGGGACAUCAUGUUUAAAGUUGAAGGUUGUAAGUGAAUGCAUUCACUUGUGUGUGAGUUCAAAAGGAAUAAAGUCAUGGGAUAAAUUGGAGGUGUGGAAGAUGGACGGAGAUGGAGAGUGGACGAAGACUGUAAGCUAUUGUGAUAAGCUUUGUAAGCAUGUGUUUAGUCGGCCGUUGUACCUGAUGAAGAACGGAAAUUGGCUCGUGGGUUCUAAAGGUAAAGGUUAUGUUUACAAAGUAGAUCUCGAGAUGAAGACAGCAAAAGAGGUGUGUGCGUAUACAGACGGUGAAAUGGAUAUUCUUUGGGGAGGGAAGUUCGUGGAGACUUUUGUGUCGCUUAAGCGGUAAGAACA